AUGGCGUCUGUAAAGAGGGCCGGAAAGACCGCGCCGCGUCUGAUUCACGAUGUCCAGCUGUAUGAUCCAGCACACGAUCCAGACACCGGCCGUAAUCUCCUCUCAGAAACUCCGCCCAUUUACCCCGAAGGCUACAACGGCCCUCCUGGAUUCAUAUCACCGGAAGCAUGUCGACACGAAUACGUCUUGAAAGAAGAUCAAACGUUCAUGUCAGAGCCAGAGCACCGGAGAAGGCCAGGCACAUCGUCCAAGGUUUCGGCCAUAUGCACAAAGUGCCGUUAUCACCUUCAAGUGGUGGUCAACUACACCAGCCACAUGGGCGCACUUGGUCAGAACCAGGGGAAACACUUGCAUCAUUUGGUCUACAAAUCAGGACGGCAAAAGAAUGGCCUUACGUUGCCCGAAGAAACUGCCAAAGGGCAGGUUGCGGAGACGUACCACUACCAAUGUUCUUACAUUUCAUGCUCGGCUAUGGUUUCUUUGCGGAUUCUUUCACCGAUCCUGAGCCCGGAAUUCAUCCGCUUGAUGACUGAUAAAGAGUUGUUGCGGAAAAGAGCUGAAGAGGCCGCUGCAGCGUAUCCUGAGUCCAUGGAAGGCAUGGGUGAUCCGCACCCGAUCAAUGUAUUGGAUAAUCUGCGCCUGUACAUUACCAACGCCCUACGAAAUCCACAACGCAGCAAGCCCAUCUCCUCCGUUAAUAAGAGAUUCAUGCACUCUUUCGGCGUGGAAGGUGCUGCUUGUAAAGACUUACUCGAAUUUCUAGAGUUCAUGUACAAUAAGGAGACCGGGGCAUGGCUCCCGCCUAAACCGACCUCCAGUCCAGAGAAACCUUACCAAGACACGCUGCGUCUCUUUCUUGACGACCUGGUGCAUGAAUUGCUAGUCCUGAUACAUCUCAGAUCUGUUUCAGAAAGAAAAGGGUCCCAGAUUCCCGAUCUUCCUUGCUCCGCCAUCCCCGUUUUUUCCUGCGCUCUGGAGGCGCAAGACUGUUCGUACCUUGUGCCCCUCAACCCUAGGAAACUCGACCUAACUCCUGCUCCAGAUCCGACAGCCAUGCGUUAUCAGGAAUUUGAGAUGGCUCAUGCUCCUUUCUACGAAGACCUGGGAGUUAUGGAAGAUAUGUCCUCAUUGGCUGUGGUCGAAGCAUACAAUCGACAGGUCUCAGCCGAUUCUGGUAGGACCCCGAUGUACUUGUCUGCUCUCAAGGCUAUCGGCUUUCUGCGUGGUGGCCAAGACAAGGUAGUCAUCGACAUAGCUGUCCAGACAGCUUAUGAACAAGGAAAGUACGCCGUUGAAGAUGUUGUCAACGCAUAUCAAUACUUUAAUCUCUACCUCGAUGACCCUCACCUCACUGAGGAUAGCAUUAUUGGCAAAUUCUAUGCCUUCCUUAGCUCUACAACGCAAGAUACCGAAGCGCGUCAGCAGUUAUGGCGGAUUGGUGACUCCAGGGGAAGCGCACGCAUCAAGGCGGCAUCAGAAGACCGUGUUUCUACGGUUGAACAAGCGAAUGUCUUCUUGGGGGUCGAGGAUCAGACUCCGGAUGAUUUUGUCAUGACUAUGUACACCGCAAAGGUCAAUGACAAUCCACUUACCAAGGAACUGGCGAAACGCGCUGUGGCACUCAUUGCCGAGUCCCGCAAAUCGGUGGCAUUAAAUCAUUUCAUCAAUACUGGAGAGAUGAUCGCUGGUGAAAUGGACAUUGGUGAUGCCUACCGUUUACUCCAAAUACCCGAUCGAACUGUCGACGAUGGGGCAAUCAUAGCCGCUUAUACAAUCUGCAUCGAUGAAAACCCAGGGGAUGCCGAGAGAUACAAUCAGGCUCUGACAAUUAUUGCCAAACAACUGGACAGCUCUACGUUGAGGAAUAUGGCAGGUAUCUCCAAUGAGCCUGAUAGAAGCAUGCAGGAUUGGCCAGUUGGACUACAAAACAUCGGCAAUACAUGUUAUCUCAACAGCCUGUUGCAGUUCUAUUUCUCCAUCCGUCCUUUCCGUGAGUUGGUUUUGGAGUUCGAACGCUUCCAAAUGGAUCUUAAUGACGAGGAAAACCUCGCAAAGAAACAAGUGGGCUCGCGAAAGGUGACGAAAAAGGAGGUCGAGCGAUCACAGCGAUUCCUUAAUGAGCUCCGGAUUUUGUUCCGUAGCAUGAUCACUUCGUCCCAAAUCUCGGUUACUCCCGGCCAGGAACUGGCUCGAUUGACCCUGAUUAGCCCAAGCAACGAGGCCGCAAUUCGUCGUCGAUCAACUACCACCGCUACUAGAUCCGAGAUGCUUGGUGACAUCGAAGGUGCCCCUGUUCUGGGACCCCUUGGACCCCCACAGCCCCUUCUCGGGGGUCGGAUGGAGGCGGUUCCAUCUUCUAGCCAAGAUGAUCCCGUACCUAUUCAAAAUUCGACCGGCAGCGAUCAUGGAAGCGAUGCAACAUUGGUCUCGGAUGAUAGCAUGAACGAUGCACCUGGACUUUUUAUCGAGGACAAGGAGAACAACCCCCCUGACUUGGACCAACUGUCGGAUCAAGCAGAGCCAGGAUCUCCCCAGGACAUGAAUAUCGACCCAGACGACAGUUUAUCGGCCAACCUACCGCCGCCCGUCCCUCCUCGCAACAUCCCGCAAGUUGAUCGGGAAAAGCAAUUGAAGGAGGAGGUGGAAAUUGGUGCCCAGCAAGAUGUGACAGAAGUCAUCAACAAUGUUCUGUUCCAGAGCCAGUGCGCCAUCAAGCCUCGAGGCAUUGGCAGUGAUGGGGAACAGCUUGACCAGAUCAAAGACUUGUUCUAUGGUCAGACCCGCUCUUACAUCUCCACCGAGAAAGGCACACGCUCGAAGGACGAACGGUGGUGUGACAUCAAGGUUGAUGUUGCUCAUGGAUCUCGAAAUAUCUACGAUGCUAUCGAUGGGGCAUUUGACAUCCAAAAGAUUAGUGUGGAUAACUCUGUGGCCGAGCAAUUCGCUUCCAUCAGUCAGCUUCCGCCUGUUCUCCAGAUUCAGGUGCAACGGGUUCAGUUUGAUCCUGUGAAGAAAUGCUCGUUCAAAUCUACAAACCAUCUCGGAUUGCUUGAAACUAUCUACAUGGAUCGAUACAUGGACACCAAGAAUCCGGAUGUUGUGGAUCGGCGAAAUCAAUGUUGGGAGUGGAAAGCGUCUCUGAAGAGGCUCGAGGCUCGCCGAGAGGAGCUUCUCAGGACAAAGGAUGGUGCUGGCGUCGACAUGGCAACAUUGUUCCGUAGAGUCAAAACCGCGCUACAAGAUGUGGACUCCUUUGAAAACGACACUGAGACCGGAGCCGAGGUCGGAUCCGAUUCCAUGAAUGUUGUGGCUGGUACUGGAUUACUGGACGAACUUGAGUCCCUGGCCCACAAGGCAGAGACCGACUUGCAAGCUGUCGACCAAGAAAUCAAGGACACGCAGACCAUGAUUUCCAGCCAAUUUGCCGAUUUCAACAACCUCCCAUAUCGACUGUACGCUGUUUUUGUGCAUCAUGGGUCGGUCUCAUUUGGCCAUUACUACAUCUACAUCUUCGACUUUGACAAGAAGAUAUGGCGCAAAUACAAUGACGAGUACGUCACCGAGGUCCAGAACGUGGAUGAGAUCUUCAAGAACGACUCGACCAGCAACCCCCCGACCCCGUAUUUCCUUGUUUAUGUCAAUGAUGGCAUGAAAGACCGUCUGGCGAACCCGGUCUGCCGUGAGGUAUUCGAAAAUAUGCCCAACCUUCCCGAUUUAGACCAAGCCACGGCCAUGGAGGGUGUUCAGCCCACCAGCCCUGCGCCGGACGUGAAUAUGGAACCUCCAUCCUAUGAGGAAGCGUCAACCAUCAAUGGAACUCCAGUAUUGGUAGAUUCCAAUAUCACGCCCGUCGAUGCGGAAGCCGUCAACCCUCUAAAACGCAAGAGUGUUGAUGAUGUGAAACCAACCCGUCCGACUUAA